AUGGCGCCCACCAGAAGCCGACCUGGCGAUGAAGAAGAAGAGCUCGAGCUCCCGGAGGACGAUGACGAGGAGGAAGAGGAGUAUGAAGAAGACGACGACGAGGAUGAUGAGGAUGAAGAGGAAGACGAUGAAGAGGAAGAUGUAGAGGGCGAAGAAGAAGAGGAGGAAGAGGAGGAAGAGCAAGCUCCUCCCAAAAAACGAAAGGCUGAAGCCGAACCUGUUGAACCUGUAUCCAAGAAGUCCAAAUCUACCGCCCAGGAAGAGGAACAAGAGGAGGACGAGGAAGACGAGGAGGAGGAGGAGGAGGAGGAAGGAGAAGAAGAAGAAAAUGGCGAGGAUGCUCCUGAAGACGAUGCCGACGAGCAAGACCAGAAAGUCGAGCCUGCGGCCAAGACCAAAGUCAUUCGGGAUUCCAACAGCAAGAAGGCCGUGGCCGCUGCCGAAACUGAGGAGCUCGACGAUGAAGACUAG